UGUGUGUGUGUGUGUGUGUGUGAGAGAGAGAGAGAGAGAGAAAGAGAUAACACGGAGAGGGUUUCUGCACUCGAACAUGCUCAAUUUGCCCGGCAAAACACGUCAUGUUCGCUUUGCCCCUCAACAUGCCUGCCUGUCGUAGCGGCAGCGCUGUAGCCUACAGAGAACGGGGAUGAUAGAUGAACCGCAGUUUAUAUGUUGAUAUCUGUUGGAUGCUGCUGCAGCAGCGACGGCCUUCCGUGUUUAGUCCAUGCGGAAGAGUGCUUUCUAAACGGCUAAUAGAGGAUUUCGACCUGGAUAAAAUAGAUUAGGAAGCGGACUCACUCAGAAACAGCUCCAUCCACCCAUACCAUCGAAUGUGUUGAUCACAGGGCGGCCCAGUUGUCCUAAAUCGAAGCCGGGGGCUAGAUUUGGAACGUCGCAGGAACAUGGAGGCACUAUGAGGGGAGGAGGAGAAGGAGAGAGGGAGAACAGACUCUCUGCUGGAGGCCAGGUUCUGAUAUCAUCCAGUUGGGACCACAGCAGAACACAGUGACUCGUCAGAUGUUGAAGCGAUGGCCGUGUGGACUGAGCUAUAGCGCUGCAAUAUUCAUACACAUAGAUGCCCCCCUCCUAACCCCCCGAGCCCCCUACAGCCUCCCCACCCUCCCUCUGUCUCUCCUCCAUCUCUCCUUCCUAUGUCAUCCCUCUACCCCCUCUGAUCCCAGCCUCUUUCUGAUCUAAUUGUCUCUCACUGUCUUCUUCCCCCCUUUUCUCUUUUUCUCUCUUUUUCUCUCCAUCACCCCCCCCUCUCUCCCUCCCUCCAUCAUGGCGUGUUGUGGUCGCUCUCUUGACUCCCCCUGUACCCUGGCCCUAUUGGUGGGCUUCCAGUUUGCCUUUGUGGUCUACUUCUCCCUGGGGGGCUUCAGGGGGCUGGUGUCCGUACUGGUCCACUCUGAGCAGCCUGAGUUUGACUACUCCCGCCCCCACGACGUGUACACCAACCUCAGCCACCUAGGGGUGCCACCAGCCCCCCACAUAGGCACGGGACCACCAGGGACAGGGGCUCAGCUGAAGGACUGCAAGAUGCCCUCACCACUACUGGUCGGUCCUGUAUCUGUGCGUCUGUCCUCGCCUCUCUCUCUGGAGGAGAUCACGGAGAGGAACCCGUUGGUGUUACCGGGAGGCCGGUACAGCCCCCCAGACUGCCAGCCGCGCCACCACACGGCCAUCGUGGUGCCGUACCGUAACCGCCAGACUCACCUCCGAGCCCUACUCUACCACCUCCACCCCUUCCUACAGAGACAACAGAUUCACUACAGUAUCUACAUAGUCCAGCAGUGGGGUAACUCUACAUUUAACCGGGCUAAGCUGUUGAAUGUUGGGGUCCGUGAGGCGCUGAGAGACGAGGACUGGGGGUGUAUCUUCCUACACGAUGUAGAUCUGCUGCCUGAAAAUGACCAUAACACCUACACCUGUCACAAUCAGUUCCCCACACACCUCUCUGUUGCCAUGGACAAGUUCAGAUACAGGUUGCCGUACCCCCAGUAUUUCGGAGGGGUAUCUGCGGUCACACCUGAGCAGUACAUGAAGAUGAACGGAUUCCCCAACAGCUAUUGGGGCUGGGGUGGGGAGGACGAUGACAUCGCUGCCAGAGUGCGUCUGUCUGGGAUGAAGAUAGUGCGCCCUCCAGUGGCCAUCGGACAUUACAAGAUGAUCAAGCAUAAAGGAGACAGGGGCAAUGAGCAGAAUCCACGCAGGUUUGACCUUCUGAAACGGACCAGGCUCAACUGGCAUUCUGAUGGUCUGAACUCUCUGACCUACGAACUGUUAUCCAAAGAGCUGCAGCCUCUCUACACCAACCUGACUGUCGACAUCGGGGACGACCCUCGUCUGCCCCAGAGAAAGGCCACGCCUCCUAUGCCCAAACGUGAGGUGAAGGGGGAUGAAUUACCUCCCCUUGUGCCAUGGAGCAAACAUGGAUCAAAGAGGAGGGGAGACACACCCCUUGCAGCCAAACAUGACAUAAAGGGGGAAGGGCAAGCCGUUAAAGAGGGUGUGGUUACAGCUGUGACUACGGCUAAACCUAAAGCUGACAAGGUAGACCACGCCCAGUCAAAGACAGUGCAUCAGACUGUAGAUGAGAGGGCGAGUGUGGUAAAGUAGGAAGAAGGGCUGGAGAUAUGGGUUGCAUCUCAUUGGUCUAAAGCUGCCCCCUCUCCUCUUCUCUCCUGCAUCUGAAAACACAGGAUGGGUGUUAGCAAUGUGGAGGAUGUUACUGUCCUGUCCAGUUCUACCACAUCAAUGCAGAUGAAGGAAAGGACAUGAUGAGAGGAAGCCAGAGAUGCACUGAGAUGUACACUAAAAUGACACACCUUCUGUUCCUGUAUUAUCAUAGGGUCCCCUAUGAGGGGACCAGUAAAGCUAGCUAUGUCCGUGAAACUGUAGAUAUUGUGAAGCAUAGGGCUUACGCUACAACCAACUCAAAACCCUUCUGAAUGUGACUCACCUCCAGCGACAGUCAAGGUAUUCAAACAAACUCUCCACCCUUCCUCUCUCAGAAGACUACACCACCGUUAUUACCAGUUGGUUUUAUUGGUUCUUAAACCUCUCUUCGGGGAUCCCCAGACGUUUCACCGUUUUGUUGUAGUCCUGAGUUAGCUCACCUGAUUCCAGUAGUCAACUGCUUGAUGAGCUACUGAAUCAGGUGUGCUAGCUCUGGAAUAGUUCAAAUAUAUGGGGGUCCCUGAGGAGAGGUUUGAGAACCACUUGAACCAGACAACUGGUAUGUAAAGGGUGUUGUAGUCUUCUGAGAGCGGAAGGGUGGAGAGGUUUGAGAACCACUUGAACCAGACAACUGGUAUGUGAAGGGUGUUGUAGUCUUCUGAGAGCGGAAGGGUGGAGAGGUUUGAGAACCACUGGUCUGAUGGACAGGUAACGUUAUGUGGUGAACAUUCAUUCUGAAGAGAGAGAUUGUGACAUCAGCAUUUAAUCAAACCCAAUUGAAACUCCGGAGUUCCUUUUUUCAGCCAAUGGGAUGCCAGAUCUUGCAAGCAACCAAUCCGCUGCCAACCCACUGCUGCUCUGAGCCAAUCAUCUCCUAGUUGACUUCUGGCUUCAGCCUAUCCGCUCCCAGAAACUGCUGCUGUUGGUCCGCCCUAUUGUGUGGGUCAGUGUUUCUGUGCCUUCUCUCUUCUAUUGAUCUUUUAUGGAGUGGGACAAAGUUGUCCCUAGAUGCUGAUCUGGGGUCAGUUUUCUGUUGUCCCUGUUAUGGUUAAGUGUAUAUAUAUUGGGUCGGGGUAAACUGAUGCUAAGUCUGUAUCUACAGGCAACUUCUUCUCCGAGCACCAUUUUAUAUCCGUUUGCCCGAUCAGUGCUUUCACACUCCAGACGUAUCAGAUGACUGUAGGAUUUAUAUUUAUAUAGAGAUGUUUGUUUACUUUGAGUCAGGUGCCUCUUGAUUGUGUAUUUGGGUUUAGAGACAAUCUAAUCGAAGGGUAAAAACGUUAACUGUUACUAAUCGCUUCACAUAGAGAAAGAAAUCUCUCUGUAAAGGGAAGUGAAGUAUUCUAUGCCUCAAAUACAUUAGACUUGGUUCUAUAGUUUGUUUUCUGGUUUGAAUAUACUGUCUUUAAGUGAGUGAACUUAUGUCCAUCCAGUACAGAAUCCCUCAUAGCCAUCCAUGUUGAUUUCAUAACAGCCAUCCAUGUUGAUUUCAUAUCAGCCAUCCAUGUUGAUAUCAUAUCAGCCAUCCAUGUUGAUUUCAUAUCAGCCAUCCAUGUUGAUUUCAUAUCAGCCAUCCAUGUUGAUAUCAUAUCAGCCAUCCAUGUUGAUUUCAUAUCAGCCAUCCAUGUUGAUUUCAUAUCAGCCAUCCAUGUUGAUUUCAUAUCAGCCAUCCAUGUUGAUUUCAUAACAGCCAUCCAUGUUGAUUUCAUAACAGCCAUCCAUGUUGAUUUCAUAUCAGCCAUCCAUGUUGAUUUCAUAACAGCCAUCCAUGUUGAUUUCAUAUCAGCCAUCCAUGUUGAUUUCAUAACAGCCAUCCAUGUUGAUUUCAUAACAGCCAUCCAUGUUGAUUUCAUAACAGCCAUCCAUGUUGAUUUCAUAACAGCCAUCCAUGUUGAUUUCAUAACAGCCAUCCAUGUUGAUUUCAUAACAGCCAUCCAUGUUGAUUUCAUAUCAGCCAUCCAUGUUGAUUUCAUAUCAGCCAUCCAUGUUGAUUUCAUAUCAGCCAUCCAUGUUGAUUUCAUAUCAGCCAUCCAUGUUGAUUUCAUAUCAGCCAUCCAUGUUGAUUUCAUAUCAGCCAUCCAUGUUGAUUUCAUAUCAGCCAUCCAUGUUGAUUUCAUAACAGCCAUCCAUGUUGAUUUCAUAACAGCCAUCCAUGUUGAUUUCAUAUCAGCCAUCCAUGUUGAUAUCAUAUCAGCCAUCCAUGUUGAUUUCAUAUCAGCCAUCCAUGUUGAUUUCAUAUCAGCCAUCCAUGUUGAUUUCAUAACAGCCAUCCAUGUUGAUUUCAUAACAGCCAUCCAUGUUGAUAUCAUAUCAGCCAUCCAUGUUGAUUUCAUAUCAGCCAUCCAUGUUGAUUUCAUAUCAGCCAUCCAUGUUGAUUUCAUAUCAGCCAUCCAUGUUGAUUUCAUAUCAGCCAUCCAUGUUGAUUUCAUAACAGCCAUCCAUGUUGAUUUCAUAACAGCCAUCCAUGUUGAUAUCAUAUCAGCCAUCCAUGUUGAUUUCAUAUCAGCCAUCCAUGUUGAUUUCAUAUCAGCCAUCCAUGUUGAUUUCAUAUCAGCCAUCCAUGUUGAUUUCAUAUCAGCCAUCCAUGUUGAUUUCAUAUCAGCCAUCCAUGUUGAUUUCAUAUCAGCCAUCCAUGUUGAUUUCAUAUCAGCCAUCCAUGUUGAUUUCAUAUCAGCCAUCCAUGUUGAUUUCAUAUCAGCCAUCUGGAAUGUACUGUACAUACUUUAUCAUACUAGUUUACUGUAAUCCAAAAACUAUAAGAUAUGUUUCAGUGAGGGGAGGUUCUGGAGCCAGUUUGUAGGAGGAGCUAUAAGGUUGUGCUGUGAUUGGCUAAAGGAGUGUGUCGGGGGGCUCUGUAGAUUCUCCUGUAUAGGACAUAGGGUUUCAUUAGAGAGAUGCUCAUUUCAAGCUUUUAUGCUGUUCAUGAGUUGUUAGAAUAGUUUUUUAUAUUCAGAUCCACGUUAGCUGUUGAAGAAUCAGCAACUAUUCUUCUUGGGGUCCACACAAAACAUAGAACAUAACCAAAUACAGGUUACUAAUGGACAAGAACAGCAACACAAACAAUUUGAGUAUAUUAAAAAGAAGAAGAAGAAAGAGAAAAUAAAUGAAUAAUGCUAAUCUUAAAAAUUCAAGAAUAAUGUGUUUUGAAAGUUGUUGUUUUUUCAUGAUUUAUUUCACUAAACUACUGUGUUACUGAUGCUAAUUUGAAUGUAUUUUAUUUAUUAAACUACUGUUAGGAUUUGGGUUUUAACCUGUUAAGCUUACUUACAGCAGUGAGUAUUUACUCAUUCCAUAGCAUCAACAAUGCCUCAUAUCAGAAUGUAGACCAGCCUUUUAGCGUGAAAGAAAGGGUGGUUCAUAUUAUCCAUGUAGUUGUCAUGGUUACUAGCACUGUGCUGAACUUAUAUGACGGGACUUAAAGUUCCAAAACUUGCAGAUACUGUAGAAAUUAGAUUUAGAAUGGAAACAAUUGAAUCUUUAUCAGGUAGAACAGCUGAUUUGAUAUAUUCUAUAUUUCUAUUUCUGUCUUCUACAUUCUAAACAUUAUGCCUCAAUAAGCCCCGUGUUUUAAAGAAUGGAAUGCUCUAGGCAACCCUGUUCCUGGAGUACCACAGGUACUGCAGGGUUUUGUUCCAACUAGUCACCACACAUGACCAACUGAGCCAUGCAGCACUCCAGGACCAGGGUUUCCUACCCCUGCUGUAGGCUAUGUACUGUAUGUGUCUGAUUCAGUGUACAGCAUAUCAUGCAUAUAUGCCCUCUUGCAGUCUGAAGCUGUCUGGGAGAGAGCUUUACUUUUUUACGGCCGUGGUUGGGAGUCCCAUAGGGCGGCGCACAAUUGGCCCAGCGCCGUCCGGGUUUGGCCAGGGUAGGCCAUCAUUGCAAAUAAGAAUUUGCCUAGUUAAAUAAAGGUUAAAUUAAAAUAAUAUAUAUAUAUAUAUAUAUAUAUAAAAACAUUACGUGGGUGCUUUCUAAUAGAGGGAGGGAGGGGAUGGGAAUCAAGGCCUCUGACUGUACAAUAGGAAUAUUAAUCAAUACUGUCAAUCAUUAUCUGCACCUUGUACCCAAUUAAAUCUUUACAAUGAGGAUGAUGAAAUGCCACCCCCAUCUUUGAGGUCACCUUUUCAACUCGUGUGUGAGAUAUUUUAGAGAAUUAGAGAAAGAGAAUAGUAUUUUGACUUUAGAUUCACUACACAGGUGGCAUACCAGUGAAACUACUGUAUACCCACUGUAACCAUACACUACUUGAUGGUGGUGGUGAUAAUGGCGAUGGUGAUGAUGCCAUCCACUAUUAAUCAAUUGUAAGUGAUCAUCCAUAGGAUAUAUCUGCAGUCAUAUUAACACAGCUCUUCAUAGGGACAUAACUGACUAGUAUGUAUCAUAGGAGACAGUGUGUACCUGGAAAUCAUUCUAUAUUUAAUAAAAUAGCUAGUUUUCUAUCAGAUGUUUGGUGUAAAUGGAGGGGAAAUAGUAUAGACUACUAUAGGCAAUCUAAUGUAACUUUAAUGUAGUCACAUGCUUUUGACUUUUAUUUCUAAAACAUGCUUUUGACUUUUAUUUCUAAAACAUGCUUUUGACUUUUUCAAUCAUGAUCAGUUCGGUGUGUGGAUUUCCAUACUGAUAGCUGUGUGGUAACAUACUGUAUUGAAAAGUGUUAGAAUAUUAUUGUAGUUUUAAGGGGAUAUGAAUUAUAUCACUUGGACUGUGAGUUGAAUGGAAGGUUAUGACAUGUGCUUUAGUCACUGUAUUGAGUUUCUAACCUGAUUUCCACCUUCAGAUGAAAAUGGACUCAUAUUUAGAGGAAGUGGACACUGGACAGCUCUAGUCCUCUGGGGUUGCUGUGUCUGCUGGGCUGGGUUGUGUUUGGGAGUGAGAGGGGAGAUGUGGAGAGACCAGUGGAGAGGCCAGCAGAGAUGGCACCCUAGAGAGAUUGGGGGUUAUUCUUUGGGCCAUGUUGUGGAGUGUUGUGUCAUGACUACACAGAGAAAACAUACCAAUAAAACACAUUCAAAAGCA